GUUACACCAACACUCUAUUUUCACAAAGACAAUUGAUUGGCUAAAGCCUACCCACCACUGGAAUACCUGCUAAGUCAGAAAGUUGUUUUUAGAGCAGUUGAACUAAUCGAAGGUCGCUAGGUUACUCUAUUUGCCAGCGCGAAUGGACCCAUACAACAUUUUCGCAAUUUUAAACCACUACAGAAAGGUGUCUUUCGCCCUUGCAUCAUCUCCUCAUUCUAUUCGUCUGCUAAAGGACAUUUACACUUUUCGCUUUAAAUUCAUGUAGACUGAUUGGCUAGUUGGGUUUUAUCAGUCUAACAUCACCUUCGCAAUCAAAAAUUCCGCACAUCAUGCGUGAUACUGUCUUUUGUGUUUUAAUUUUGUUCAAAGUUGUUUAAAACGGUGCUGUGGUAAUUUAUUUUGAGGGCUCGGAAUUAAUUUGCGCAAAAGGAUGAUAGUUACCUCCACAAUCUGCGUUAUCUUGGACUGGUAAGCAGAGGAGUUCGUUAAAGAGGUUGUCCUCCUUUCCUCGGCGAGUUGUAAAUCCGAUCCCGACCACUCGUGACGCUUAUAUUUCGCGCCCUUCCCUUCAAGGCGCGAUUGGAAGUUUUCUUGUGCAUUAAUGGUUAAAGUAUCAUUUUCCGAUGUCAGAACAUGACUUCUUCCCUCAGAUUAGGCCAGUGCCUUCGCGGUCAGAAUGGAAUAUACACUGUCGGCAAACAAUUGCAGGAAACGGUUUGGGUGGCAAGCAAAUCUGGAAGCAAUCAACCAGUGAUUGUGAAAAGUGUCGAUCAUUUUCGCCUUCAGAAUGAGCGUGAUAUUCUUAACUGCUUUCAAUCCCGCACCCCCUUCAUACGCCCCUUAGUCGACGAGAUUAUUGAGCCAUCAAAUCCACCCGCUAUAGUCUUGAAAUAUUUAGACGAUCACCUUCUCAACGCCUCAGUCUCUAAACGACUUACAAGUCAGGAAAUUAGAUAUGUUGCAAGAAGGAUUUUGGAAGCCCUGAAGGUUCUACAUGAAAAUAAUUUUGUCCAUACAGACAUCAAGCCCGACAACGUUCUGGUAAACUAUGGCCAAGGGAAUGUACGGUUUACAGAUGUCCAACUUGCAGACUGUGGAAAUACAGUUCCUGCGGAUUCAGCGUAUGCCAAAGAUAGUGACUUGAUUGGAGCACCUAUAUGGAGAAGUCCUGAAGCACAGCUCCGAAUUGGCUGGGGCACGCCAACGGACAUAUGGUCUUUUGGCGCAUUGCUUAUAACCUUACUCUAUGGAGACAAUUUCUUCAUUUUUAAACCAGAUGUUCCCGCAGAUCAUGAUGAUUAUGAGUUAAAGAUUCUUCAGAGACAGUGUGAGUUCUUUGGGCCAUUCCCUUUGACAUACCGCGAAAUCUGCCCUCAGGAAACAUUGAAUAUUUUGGCAUAUAUUAUGAAAAGCAUUCCUCCCGAAAAGAAAAAGCCAUUUACAAGGAUUUCGGAAAAGGAGAUCUCUAGAGAGGACAAGGAAUUCAUUCUCAAAAUUAUGAAACUUGACCCAAGGGACAGACCGUCAGCAGCAGAUCUUUUGCAGGACAAGUGGCUUUGUUAGAGGCCCAUCCUAACAGCACGAACCUGAUAAAGGACUCAGCUUGGUGCUGGUCCUAUCAAGGGCGAUAAAACACCUAGUCACAUUUCUUCACACUUCUAUAACCCCUGAAUUCCUGUUCAACAAUUCCUUUUUUACCUACGGUAUAUGUAUAUUGGAUUAAUCUAUCAGUAUUGCAUACAAUGAACAGAGUUUUAAACUUACUUUUUGGUUACAUACUGUUGCUGGCGACACUUCUGCCCUUCAUAAAGCUCUACAACAAUUAGGCUGCGGCAUAGAGGGUUGAGGGUAGCAUUUUCC